AUGACCCGACCUCGCGCCUCGGCCGCGCUGACGCUGCGAAUCGCGCUGCUGCUGCUCGCGAGCGGCACCUCGCGCGUCCGCGACGUCGCGCGCCGCGGGUUGGACGCGAACGAGCCGCGGGCGUCAUGGAUCCGACCGGGACGCGGCGGCGUCGUCCUCGCGGACGCGCAGGCGGACGAUAACCCGCUGUCGAUCACGACGUCGACGACGACGGACGGCCGCGAGUGCUCCGUGGGCCCGUACGGGUGGUUCUGCGACCCCGCGAGCGUGGACAACGACGUGAAGUACUACACCGCGGUGCCGUUCGAGGGGCAAGAGCCGUUCGACACGCCGGACGGACUCGUCGGCGCGUUCCCGGACGGGCUCCCGCCGCUGUGCACCAUCUCGUGCGUGGACGACUGCCAGCCGCCGUGUCCGGUGGAGUGCGUCCGCGCCAAGUUCGAGGCGAGAGUGGAAGCGCUGGACAGCGGCACCGCGGGGGUGUUCAUCAACAGGGACACGCAUCAGUUUUACGUCAACCCGUACAACGGGAGCGACGCGUGGCCGGGGACGCGGACGCAGCCGUGGGAGACUUUGAAACGCGCGCAGGCGCAGGUGAGGUUCAUGCGCGUGCAGAACACGGAGCAGCCGGACAGCGUGAAGCUGUUAGACCCGGUGCAGAUUUGGAUACGGAGUUUCGACCACGCGCAGACAGAGGACUACCGCGCGAACGGCGAAGAAAAUUCGCGCUUCAUGGGGUUCACGAUACUCGAGUAGGUCAGUCGGAUCCGUCGUCGCGCGUCGUGAACCCCAGACUUCUUAAGGUAGCACCGUUAUGUAUGUAACAACACUCUAGAUAGCGCGCAC